AUGCCGCAGAACACGAAGACCGUCUCCAAAUACGCUACUUUGCGGCGCAAAUCUCGCUCGGGGUCUAGUUCUGGAUCCUCUUCGAGAAGACCCUCAUUGACUCGUAAAAGGUCUUCCCAACGACUUAUACGGACCAUCAGCGUAGAGACUGAAAUGAGCAAUUUGUCCGUCUUAGAUUCAGAUGAUACGAACGCGGGACCUGUCUCGGACCUCGAUGGGCAAAAUGUGGGAAAUGAACAUUCUCGCCCGCAAUCGGCGACUGACACGGACGGUAGCAGCGUCCUGCCGGCGCUUUCAAGUAUCAAAAUUUCCAGUAACGGUCCGUCAGGCAGCAUAUUUGAAUCUAUAGCAGUGCCCUUCAUCAAGGCUUCCUUGGACACAAGUCUGCCAGAUGACUAUCUCAGGGAAGACAUCUUGAAUAUGAUACAAUCCUUAAAAAUCCCCAGAUGGUAUCGUCGUGGAGCCGCCAAACCAUCCUGCGACAGCAGCAAGAUGGAACUAGUCAAGAUUAAGGGUGCAAUGACAAACGCUAUUUUCAAGAUCAGCUACCCGCACCUACCAUCGUUGCUUCUUAGGGCCUAUGGUAAGAACAACAGUUCUAUUAUCGACAGGGAGUAUGAGCUGGCAAUCCUAGCAAGACUAUCCGCCAGAAACAUUGGUCCAUCGCUAUACGGUUGUUUCGAUAAUGGUAGGUUUGAACAAUUUUUGGAAAACGCCACGACGCUUACAAGAGACGAUAUUCGGGACUGGAAAACUUCCCAACGUAUUGCUAGAAGAAUGAAGGAACUGCACAGCGGUGUGCCAUUGCUGACAGCUGAAAUGAAUGGGGGGGCUAGUUGCUGGAAAAAGAUUGAUAAAUGGAUCAAACUGAUUGACUCGCACCCAGGGUGGACUUCAGUCGAUAGAAACAUUCAAUCCUUCUUGAAAUGUCAAAAUUGGGUGACUUUUAAAGACACAGUGGAAAAAUAUCGCAGCUGGCUGUUCAGCAAAUACGAUGCUCAUAUUCCUUUGGUGUUUUGUCAUAACGAUGCCCAAUACGGUAACCUGCUAUUCAGUGCUCCCGUUAUCAACACAGAUUUCAUUUCUCCUGCUGGUUCAAUUUCAAGCAUCACAAGAGCUUCUUCUUCAGCAUCUUUAUUCCCCUCAGACUCAAAUGUCUUUCUUGACAAAAUUAUCAACCCAACCACUCAAGAACAAAUUCAAGAUAAGAAACUGGUUGUCAUUGAUUUUGAGUACGCAGGCGCAAACCCUGCAGCUUACGACCUAGCUAACCAUUUAACCGAGUGGAUGUACAAUUACAGUGGCUCCGAACCUUGGAAAUGUUCAGAGGAACAUUUCCCAACAAAGGAGCAGUUCUUAAAUUUCCUAUAUUCUUACGUUUCGCAUCUGAAGGGGGUUGCUCAAAAGACGGCCAACAAAGAAAUUGACAAAGAAGUGAGGUACUACUAUAACGAGAUUUUAAGGUGGAGAGCCACAGUUCAACUCUUCUGGUGUCUUUGGGCCAUUAUUCAAUGUGGUCAACUGGGUCAGGAAGCCUUGUCAGGUAAUGAUGGAACAGAGGAACAGGAGGGCAUAAACGGCGAAAAAUAUAUUAUCACCAUUGAUGAUACAGAUACCAAAGAAUCCAGUCCCCAAGGGAAUUUAGACGGAGAAUCGGAGGGGGUUGAUAUCGAAACGUUCGAUUAUACCAUGUACUCAGCAGAUAAAAUUUCCGUCUUCUGGGGUGACCUAAUUCAAAGUUCUAUAGUAAGCGAAAGCGCGUGUUUUUCGCCUCAAGAUGUCAAAUAUCUAAAUAACAACCCAAUAUAG